GCAAUGGCGGCGGGCGGCGGCGGUAGCGGCGACCCCCUGGCCCCGGCGGGGGUCCCCUGCGCCUUCUCCCCUCACGGGCAGGCCUACUUCGCCUUGGCUUCCACCGAUGGACACCUGCGAGUGUGGGAGACCGCCAACAACCGGCUGCACCAGGAGUACGUGCCUUCCGCGCACCUCAGCGGUACCUGCACCUGCUUGGCCUGGGCGCCGGCGAGGCUGCAGGCCAAGGAAAGUCCUCAGAGGAAAAAAAGGAAAUCCGAAGCUUUAGGAACAGGUGACCAGGUGGACUUGUUGGCUCUUGGCACAGCAGUUGGAAGUAUCUUACUAUACAGUACAGUAAAAGGAGAAUUGCACAGUAAAUUAACAAGUGGUGGUCAUGACAACAGAGUUAAUUGCAUACAGUGGCAUCAAGACAAUGGCUGUUUGUAUAGUUGUUCAGAUGAUAAACACAUUGUAGAAUGGAACGUACAGACAUGCAAAGUAAAAUGCAAGUGGAAAGGUGAUAACAGCAGCGUCAGCUCCCUGCGAAUCAGCCCAGAUGGAAAGAUGUUGCUUUCUGCUGGUCGAACAAUCAAACUAUGGGUGUUAGAGACCAAAGAAAUAUACAGACACUUCACAGGCCACGCCACACCAGUGUCAUCGCUUAGGUUCACCACCGUCAGACCUCCUAAUGAGAGCCAGCCCUUCGAUGGCAUUACCGGUCUUUAUUUCUUAUCUGGAGCUGUACACGACCGGUUACUUAACGUCUGGCAGGUCCGGUCAGAAAACAAAGAGAAGAAUGCAGUGAUGUCUUUCACAGUUACGGAUGAGCCUGUUUAUAUUGACUUGACCAUGUCAGAAAACAAAGAAGAGCCUGUCAAGUUAGCUGUUGUUUGCAGAGAUGGCCAAGUCCAUCUUUUUGAACACAUAUUAAAUGGGUACUGCAAAAAGCCUCUGACGUCAAACUGCACAAUUCAGAUAGCAACACCUGGUAAAAGCAAGAAAUCAACACCAAAACCCAUUCCUAUUAUUGCAGCUGGGUUUUGCUCAGACAAAACGUCAUUGUUGCUUGUAUAUGGCAACUGGUUUCAGCCUGCUAUUGAGAGACUGGCUUUGACCUCCAAAGAGAAUCAUAUGUGUUUAAUAAGGGAUAUUUCAAAUUGCUGGGCCCCAAAAGUAGAAACGGCCAUAACGAAGGUGAGGACCCCAGUAAUGAAUGCAGAGGCAAAAGUUCUGGUGCCAGGACUUCCUGGACAUCAUGCGGCCAUCAAGCCUGCUCCUCCACCAGCUGAGGGAAAGGAGAGCAAGAGGAAGUCGGGAGGCAAUGAGGUUAGCAUAGAAGAGCGUCUGGGAGCCCUGGAUAUAGAUACGAAAAAGGGAAAGGAGGACCUGCAGACGACCAGCUUCCCAGUUCUCCUCACACAGGGGCUAGAAAGCAAUGACUUCGAAAUGCUAAAUAAAGUACUUCAAACUAGGAAUUUAAACCUAAUAAAGAAGACUGUGUUAAGGAUGCCCUUGCAUGCUGUUGUUCCAUUGUUGCAAGAGCUUACAAAGAGAUUGCAAGGACACCCUAAUAGUGCUGUAUUAAUGGUUCAGUGGCUGAAGUGUGUAUUAACGAUUCAUGCAUCGUACCUGUCCACGUUACCUGACCUGGUACCCCAGCUGGGAACACUCUAUCAGCUCAUGGAAAGCAGAGUCAAAACUUUUCAGAAACUUUCACACCUUCAUGGGAAGCUUAUCCUUCUCAUCACGCAGGUCACAGCUUCGGAGAAAGCGAAGGAGAUGGCUUCUCCUGAACAGAAUGCAAAGUUGGUAUAUGAAGAGGAAUCAUCGGAGGAGUCGGAGGAUGAGCUGCCGGAUAAGGAUUCCGACGAUAAUUGGGAUGAAGAUGAGGAAGAGAAAGACAGUGAGACUGAUGAGGAUGUCGAGGAAGAGGACGAUGAGGAUGGUGAAGAAAAUGGUGAGGACAGAGAUGGAGAAAGUGAAAAAGAAGUAAAUGGAGAUUCCGAUUUAGAUCCGGAGAAUGAGAGUGAGGAAGAAUGAAGCCUGCAGAAGCCAGCCCCAGACUGAGCGCCCAUUGGCCUGCCUCGUGCUGUGCUGCCGAGUCCUCCUGGGGAGGUGGGCCGUGGGCUGGACCGCCCGGGGCCGCCCGCCUCGCCCAGGCCAUAGCUGUGAGUCCCGCGCACCCUGCUGUCCUGGGCACCCCAGACUCCUACUGUGUAAAUAAGAGUGUUUCAUUCAAAUGUUAAUAAACUUUACACAGUAAAUAGAUACAUUUUCUGCAAUGUAUGACACCAGUGUCCAAUAUACGGUAUAUUUUUAUAAUAUAAUAUAAUAUCCUAGUACGUUUGGUUGUGUCCAGAAUUAACCUCAAGCCCCAUCCCCUUGGGCUUCAGGAGCCGGACUGUCGACAGGCUCUCCUCCCGGUGAGUCCAGUGCAGGACAGCACAAGCAGAACAUUAAAUUUGUUACGUUUUCAUGAGAUAACAAGGGUAAUUGCAAGCUAGAGUCAAAAUGAUGGAGGUUUUAAGCAAACACCGGCCAUGUUCCCCACACAUCUCCUGUCUGUGGUGAUGUGGCUUGAGUCAGGUGGAGCGUUGGAGUGCUUCCCCAGGAGAGCCACUUAUUUUUUAACUGUCAUGUGAAAUAUUUUUUUAGAACAACAUAAGAAAAUUAUGAUAAUUAAUAAUGAAAGAGUUAGCCAUAUUAAGGAUUUCUCUCAACUGCCGCUUGCCUGUAACGAUCACCAUGUAUAGAGCGAGGUGCUCCUCGCCUGCGACUUUUUCAAAGUGACUGCUGCUUUUGAAGAGGUUUUCAUUUUUAUUUAAAUUACUAAUGGAUCAAAGGACAAUUGUUUAUUUUUUCUCUUUGGUUUUAGAUAUUACUGAUAACCUUGUUGGAAGUUUUUUCCAAAGAAAAUAUUUUUAUAAUCCAAUAAUUUAAUGUUUAUCUUCCUUUUCAUUAUCCACUCUGGCAGUGUUAGGGUAUCUGUUUAUCUUUAAAAAAAUAAUAAACCUGACUCAAGAGA